AUGAUGAAGCACAGAAUAGACUUCUGGAAUCUGGCUACCAGAAUCAUUUUAUUAUCCCAAACUACAGUUGGAAUUCUGGUAAAUUUCUCUCUUAUGUUCCACUAUCUAGUCCUUUACUACAGAGAAUGCAGAUUAAAGCCUACAGAUUUCAUUCUAUUGCACCUACUGGCAGCCAAUUCCUUGUUCAUUCUUUCUUCAGGAGUGCCCCACAUAAUAGCAUUUUGGGGACUGAAGCAGUUCUUGAAUGAUAUUGUAUGUGAGUUCCUAUUCUAUAUUCAAGGAUUUGGGAGAAGUGUGUCCAUUUGGACCACUUGCCUCUUGAGUGUUUUUCAGGCCAUGACCAUCAGCCCCAGAAAAUCCUGUUGGAAGGAUCAUAAAGUCAAAGCUAUAAUGCACAAUGGCUGUUCCAUUUCCCUCAUGUGGGUCUUGCACAUGCUAAUGCAUUUUAUUAUCUUUGUGUACCCAUUUAUAAAAAUGAAUAGUAAAAAUGUGACAAAACUACAAGAUUUUGGAUACUGCUCAGUAGUAAAGAAACAAAAUAUCACUGAAUUUCUCUAUGCAGCAUUGGUGAUGUUCCCUGAAUUCUUCUUUUCUGUGCUCAUUGCCUGGUCCAGUGGCUCCAUGAUAGUCAUUCUAUUCAAACACAAGAAGAAGGUUCAACAUAUCCAUAGCACACAUGUUUCUAGAAGAAACUCCCCUGAAUCCAGAGCCACCCAGAACAUUCUGGCUCUGGUGUCCACAUUUCUGGCCUUUUAUACUCUGUCCUCCAUUUUAAGAGGGUGCAUUGCUCUUUUGUACAAUUACAAUUGGUGGCUGAUGAACAUAAAUCACAUCACUUCUCUGUGUUUUCCGUCUUUUGGGCCAUGUGUUUUCAUGAGAAGUUACUCCCUCAUGUCUAGAUUCAACUUGGCCCAUUUAAGAAAAAUAAACCUAUCUCCUAACUUAGUUAUAAAUAUGUAA